AUGGCAAUGGCCCUCCGCUUGGUCGGCCUGGGGCAGGGUCACCGGGCUUGUUUGUGGACUGCGGUUCUCCUGCUCGUCCUCACCGUAACACGCGUCUCAGCCACCUGUUCUUACGGCACCUAUAUGAAUGAGGGCGCCUGCACCCCCUGUCCAGCUGACUCAUACCAAGACCAGGCCGCCCACAACGACACGAGCUGCACGGGCAUGCAAACAUGCCAGAUCGGAGAAUAUGUCAGCCAGCCUGGCGAUACCUCUUCUAAUCGUGUUUGCCUCGAAUGCACCGGCAGUUACAGUUCCUCAACAAAUGCGGCGAGCUGCGUCACUUGGACCACAUGUAGCCCCGGUACCUUUGAGGCUGCCUCAGGCACUUCGUCGACUGAUCGCGCCUGUGACCGUUGUAGUUUGAAUACCACCUUUUCUGGCCAGCCGAAUGCCGUCCAGUGCGCCUUUCUGAGCAACUGCACGGCUGGCAAAUUUGUGUCCCAACAGCCAACGACAUCCACAGAUCGAGUUUGCACUGACUGCAAAGGCGAGACCUGGAAUGACCAAACCAACGUCGCUUCUUGCCGGACAGCGACCGUUUGCGCCCCGGGAACAUACAUUAGCACGCCUUUUACUCCCGUCGCCGAUCGUGGCUGCACCAACUGCACCAACGGCCAAUACUCUGAUGAGCUGUGCCUGGCAGCUCGACCCAAGACAACACCUGCGAUGCGUGCCCCGCUGGAGAAUACCAGUCUCAGGCGGCCCAUGAAGACACCUCUUGUUCCCCCUGGUCCUUGUGUCAAGCUGGCGACGUGCGGGGCUGAAACCUUUAUGAACGAAACAGCGCAUCAAGAAACUGCCUGUUACCCCUGGGCUCGCUGCGGCAAGGGCGAGUACCUGCUUUCAGAUGGCACUCCCAGCUCUGAUCGCCAGUGCGCUGCCUGCUCAGCUGGAACUACGUACAUGGAUGAAGCCAAUCACGUCCACACCUCGUGCAAGACCUGCGACAUUUGUGCAGCCUAUGAAGAUGUGCGCACGCCCUGCAACGUGGUCAACAACACCGUUUGCGCCGAUUGUCGUUGUCCAGCGGGUUAUGCCAAGCAUGACUGCUUGGCUGACUGCAUGCCGGGCUCGUGCCCAUCGUGCUCGAAUUGCACGGGAAUCAACGAGUACCGCAUUGGCUGUACGGGCAAUAACGCCGGCACUUGUACUGCUUGUGAGGCAUGUCCAUUUGGUGCUAUCCGCACAGAUUGCUACAACACCUUUUCGGGUGGUUGCACUACGUGCGGAGAAGGAACAUACAAGAGCAAUGAUUUCACCUGUGCACCAUGCAGCUCGGGUACUUUCAACAACGUUUCGGGUCAAGAGGCUUGCACGGCUUGUCCCGAGGACACUUUUGAAGCAAAUUAUGGCAGCAGCAAGUGCACAAACUGUCUCGAGUGUGGCGUGGACCAAUAUCGUCUGGGAUGUGGAGAUGACGAGCCAGGUACCUGUGAGAGCUGUCCAAGCUGUCCGCAAGGCCAGUGGCGCUCCUCCUGCAAUUAUACCAGCGCCGGGAGCUGCAAGCCCUGCGCUCCAUGUGAUCCGGGCUACUUCCGUCAAGGGUGCAACUAUACAUCCGAAGGCACUUGUGUGAAAUGCGAAGAAGGCUAUUUUAAUGAUGACGAUACAACUUAUAUUACGGCCUGUGCCAUCUGCCCAGAGGCCAGUUUCCAAGAUGAACAAGGACAGAGUAGUUGCAAGGAAGUAAAAGGACUCACACUUGUUUGGCCUGCGAUUGCUCUGAAUGCCUAUCCCCAGCAAUGCGCCUCAGGCAAGUUUCAACCAAGCAGCACUUAUCAAACCAUUUGCAGUUCCUGUGCGACAGGCAAAUAUCAGGAUGUGGCAGGCCAGGGUAGCUGCAAAGAUUGUCCUGCUCAACAGUACCAGGACCAGACUGGCCAGUCAACAUGCUUAGCCUGUCCGCAGGAUUGUGCUGCUGGCUCAUUUCGGGACGGUUGUGGAGCGAGUUCCAUGGGAUCAUGUACCACGUGCGAAAACGACUGUCCAGACCGCAGCUACCGCUUUGGUUGCACGGGCCUAUCCCCUGGCAGCUGUGUCUCUUGUCCUACGUGUCCUGCUGGGCAAAAACGAGUCAACUGCAGCUAUCUUAGCGAGGGCAGCUGUCAGGAUUGUGAGCCUGGCACCUUUCAGCUACAAGCUUCAAAUCUUGCCUCCUGCACUGCCUGCGCUUCAUGCGGGCCAGGUGCUCGUCGCUUAGGCUGUGGUCUGAGCAAUGGCGGUCAAUGUCAGUCGUGCGCCGAGGGUUUUUAUCAAGAACAGGAUGCCUAUACAACCUUUUGCUACCGCUGCGCCGAUCUUUAUUGUAAUGCUGGUUAUCAUCGACCGGAUUGUGGUUUUAAUACGAGCGGGUCAUGCCAGGACUGCCCAACUGGCAAAUUCCAGGACGACACUUCGCUGAGCGCUGGUGCCUGUAAAAACUGCCCUAGCUGUGCUGCUGGCGAAUAUCUGAGUGGCUGUGGUAUUUCCUCACCAGGCAGUUGCCGGUUGUGUGCCGAGGGCACUUAUCAAGAUCAAGUUGGCUCUUACACAUCAUGCAAGGCCUGCCCCAUCUGUCCUGGUGGCACGGUGUCUCAGGGCUGUGGGGGAAGUAGCAAUGGGACCUGUGAGGCCUGCCCAGUCGGCGAAUAUCAGGUUGCAACCAACAAUUUGGAAACGGAGUGCGACGAGUGUGGCAGUUGUAGUGCCGGUGAAUACCGGGAGGGGUGUGGGGCCAGUUCACCUGGAGCUUGCAAGGCGUGCACAUCCGGAAAGUAUCAACUGGCGCAUGACACAUACCUGGAUCAAUGUGAGGACUGCGCUGCUGGCAGCUAUGCCGCCUCAAGCGGUUCGACCACUUGCACCACUUGUGCAGCGAAUCACUACCAGCCCGACAGCGGCCAAUCGGCCUGCUUACCCUGUGAAGUGUGUCCGGAUGGCCAAUUUCGCGAGUCUUGCGGUCCCGUCCAGUCCGGGAAAUGUACCACAUGCGGCACUUGCCCAACUGGUCAAUUUCGCGAUGGUUGUACUGGUUCAAGUCCGGGCGUGUGCCGUAGUUGUGGCAUCUGCCCGCCUGGACAGUAUCGUGAUGGCUGUACCGGGCGCAGUGCUGGUACUUGCAAGCUAUGUGCGGCGGGAACUUAUCAACCUUCCAAUUCAUCCGUCUCAUCCUGUAUAUCCUGUCCGGCCGGCUCGGUUGCCGCGUCAUCCGGCGCUGCCGAGUGCACGGCCUGUCCAACGAACCAGUAUCAGACCGAACCUGGACAAUCAUCUUGCGCUGUGUGCCGUACCUGCCCAAGUGGUGAGACUUUGCAAGGGUGUGGCGGUGCCAACGACGGAACCUGCACGACGUGUGUGGCUUGCGGAACCAACCAGUAUCGCAGCGGCUGUACGGGUCCGGCACCCUCAUUGUGUGUGUGUGUGUGUGUGUGUGUGUGUGUGUGUGUGUGUGUGUGUGUGUGGCAGUACCGAACUGGCUGUGCCGGCCUGAGUGCAGGCACCUGCAACGCUUGUUUGCCAGGCACAUACCAGGAUGCGACCGGUUAUGUAACCAACUGCAAGUCCUGUGAGGCUGGCAAGGCUCAGCCAUCGGCCCAAAAGAGCUCGUGUGAAGCGCUGGAUGCAUUAGCGGGCAAUACCGCGUUGGCUGCUCGCUGGGCUUGCCUGGCAAUUGUGUGGCAUGCGGGAGUUGCCCACGUAAUUACCAUCGCAUCAACUGUGUUGGUCUCGUGGCGGGCGAGUGCAAGUUGUGUGCCACAUGCCCGGCAGGCCAAUAUCGAAGUGGCUGUCAAAAUCUCACCGAGGGGAGCUGCUUGGCUUGUGAUGAAGGCUACUUCUCGACAGGGCAAGCAUAUGCUGACACGUGCACGGCUUGUUCUGCUGGCUUCUACCAAGGACAAAAGGGUAAGGAUCGGUCAAUCAUCGUGCUUGCCAUGUGCCACCGACACGUAUCAGCAUGCCACGGGCCAAUCGGCUUGCUUAGCCUGCCCGUCCUGCAGUGAGGGCACCUACCGGGACUGCACUGCAGGGUUUUAUCAACCCAACACUAGCCCUGUGACCUCAUGCACUCGCUGUCCAGCCGGCAAAUAUGGUGACCAGACUAGCUUGCCAGCUUGCAAGGACUGUGCGGCGGGCAAGUACUCGGCGGCGACAGGCGCACAAACUCAGACAACCUGUGAGAGUUGCCCUACUGGCAGAUAUUCGGCUGCAAGCUCGACCUCUACAAAUGACUGUCUCUCCUGUUUGGCGGGGACUUAUUUGGAUGGUGUCGGCACGUCUCCAUCGGAUUGCAAGGCCUGCCCUGCCGGGACUUACUCUUCAGCUUUGGGAGCCAACUCAUUGGCUCAAUGCCUCAAUUGUCCGGCUGGUAAGUACAGCAGUGCCACUGGUGCAAGUAGCGCUGCAGCCUGCACAGCGUGUCCCACGGGCCGAUAUGCACCGGCCGGAUCCACAAGCGUCAAUGCUUGCACAAGUUGCCCAGCGGGUACCCAAUUGGCAACUUUGGGCGCAUCUGAAGCCGAUUGUGCGGCAUGUCCUGGAGGCAAGUACUCCGCCGCAGGCUCUGCUAGUUGCACGGACUGCUUGGGCGGAACCUUCUCCUCCUCGCGGGCGGAAGCAUGUGGUGUCUGCGAGGCAGGUAAAUUUUCGUCACAAUCUGCAACGACUUGCACCAAUUGCGACCGGGGAAAAACCUCGGCUCAAUCAGCCUCCAGCUGCGAUGCUUGCGCUGCGGGUAAAUACGCCGAUCAAACUGGCAGCCCAACCUGCAAGACGUGCGAGGCGGGCACAUAUUCCCGUCUGGGACAGUCCAACUGCACUAGAUGCAGUGAUGGCCACAUCAGCACCGCCAUGGCCACUAGUUGCACUCGCUGCGAUGCUGGUACAUACAGCAAUUUGGGCCACACGUGUGGCACGGGCACGUAUGCCGAUGAGGAUGGCUUGCCGGCCUGCAAAUCCUGUCCCAUGUGCGGACCAGGCACCUUUUCGGUUGGCUGUGGCCUCGACUCGGCGGGAACUUGUCAGGCUUGCUCGGGCGAUACCUAUCAACCAGUAGAGGCCUAUGUGACCUCGUGUGUGAGCCGGCGACUCUGUGUGGCUGGGCAAUACGCGCCAGUCGCGGUGACGCCAUCCACCAAUCGCGUUUGCCAGAGCUGUCCAGCCGGGAAAGUUUUGGUUACUCUUUUUGGCUCAACCCUCAAGAGCAAAAUGGUGUUCCUCAGGCCAAAUACAACCGUUGACGAGCCACGCGGAGAUGUCUUGCACACGUUGCCCUGUCGAUACGAUUGA